UAUCGACAAGUCUCCAAGAAGAAGACAAUGUGAAGAUGAUUGUGUUUUGGAUUGCACUGAAUCUUCUUCAUCGAGGAUAUGCACUGGUUUCACAAAUUACUGUUCAAGCUGGAGAACCUGCAACCUUCAUCUGUAGUCUACCUCACACAGAGGUCCUCCCUCGACAAGUCCACUGGUAUAAACAGAGUGCCGGGGAUACACUGAAAGUAAUUGUGACAGUGCGGAAAUCUAAACCACCUGAGUAUGCACAAGAUUUUCCUAAAUCCAGAUGGGAGAUAAAAAGCAACAGCAGUUUUAGUAACCUGACCAUUUUGAGGACAAUUCAAGAAGAUGAGGGAAUGUAUCACUGUGGCGUCUCCGAGUGGCUUGCAGACAUUAUAUGGACUGGGAUGCAUUUAUUAAUAAAAGGAAAAAAUCAGAGCAUUUCCAACUCUUCUGUUGCUCAGAGUUCGACAGUAUCAUCUGGAACUAAGCCAGACAUCCAUGGAAGCAGCAUAUGGUCACACAGAUCCGGGGCAGUUAUUUUUAUGCUGUGUGCUGUCUUGGCUAUAAGCCUGAUUGUUAUAGCUAUCCUUAUUGCUGCAAUGAAGAAAGAUGACACGCAAUAUUGCAAAGGUGUUGUUCCCCUGCGAAAAAACACUGGUAUCCAGAAAACUCAACAGAAAGCAGAGGAUGUGUGGUUUUACUCUGCUGCAGUCUUUGCCAUGAUGGAACUGACAGAGGUGGGACAACAGAUGCAGCUGAGAGGGAGAGACUCCACACUGCUGUCAAGGCCUUUGGGCUGGAUUAAUGAGCCUUUUGGAUCCACUGAAUAA